UAUUCCCCGAAAAACCGGAAUUCGACAUGGCCACCUUUCACGAACGACAGCCCAGAAUUGUCUGGAGACAUGGCACACUUUGAACAUGCCACUCGAACCAGAAUAUGUUAGAAUACGACCCAGGUAUUGUCGUUGAAAUGAACAUUGUCAAUAAUUCAUGUCAGCUACGCAGAUAGGUCUCAGCUAAACGGGAUCGACGACCCCUGACGAUCUGGGGUAGAAUAGGUCUUCAGAAACUCAUGUUUGUCGUAGAAGGUGACUGAAGACACUGAAGAGUAUGUGACUAUAAAUCUUAACUCACUCAAUCACUGAAGAGUAACAGAAAGUGUUUUAUAUCGAUGUGCAUCGUUACUUUAGCAAUAUAGUAAAAUAAUAAGUUGUUCCACCAUGCCUCCGAUAUUUUGAACAGUAUCGAAUUUAUAUGUGAGUCCUGAGUACUGUAAACUACGGUUAUAACGAACUCAAAGGAACCACCCAUUUUAGUUCGUAAUAACCGUAGUUCGUUAUAAGCAUAUAUACAGCAUAUAUGCAACACAUGGCCGGGGCUAACAAGUAAGUUCGUUAUAUCGGUCAGUUCGUUAUACGCGUGUUCGUUAUAACCGUAGUUUACUGUAGUCACAUGUAAUCGUUCUCAUUGCCUGUUUAUGUUUUUCUUUGCGUAAUCUGUUUAUAUUUACACCUGUCCAAUGUAUUGUGUUUUGUGAAACCAAUGAGGCAUUUAUUUAAAAAAUCUCAUUAACAUACUGUUUCACGCAUUCCCUAACUUGCAUGUGAUCAUGUGCUGCGCCAAUGUGUUUCACGUCGCUUAAAUUAACAACAUCAAUGUAUGUCAAAGUUACAACAAGUGAGACCUCAUGUGUAUUCGUCAUAUCCGUACAAGGUAACACAAACCCAAGAAACUUUGACCUUGAUUUCAAUUGACAGUGACCCGGGUAAGAUUUGUUUGUUUGUUUGCUUGUUUCUUCCAGCUCUAUGCCGGCGGUCUGAAAUCAUGUAAAUAAUCGAGUCUGGACCAGACAAUCCAGUGAUUGUCAUCAUGAGCCAAGAUCCACGCAAUUGGGAUACGAUGACAUGCAUCAACUGGGUCAGCAAUCGAGCCUGACCACCCGAUCCCGUUAGUCGCCGCUUACGACAAGCAUAGUCGCCAUUUACGUCAAGCGUGGGUUGCUGAAAAACUAUUGUAGCCCGGAAAUAUAUAUAUACACUGUAUAUACAUAUGGACAAACUCGAUUAUUGACAGUCCGCCGUCAUAUACCUGGCAUAUUGCUGAGCGCGGCAUAAAGACAAAAAUAAUGCACUUGAAAACAGGCGACCUCUUACGCAACCAUUAGAGUGUUUUUUACUUGAUAGAAGCGUUCUAAUUGCCUGUCUGUGUUGUAAAAGCUCCCGGCCUAUUGUAGAUAUCAUUAAAUGUUCAUACCACCGGAGUUCCAUUACUGAAAUACGUUAUGACAUAAAGGGAUAUAUUUUUGACAAGCAUAUUUGAUAUUUUGUCACAUACCGUAGAUUUCCCCUAUUUCGUGGAUAUAACUUAAUAAACAUAUUUGUCCUUGAGAAGGAAAACGUCUUGUACAUGUUUUGUGAAUUCUGCAACCGACUUCAUGACCUCUGUGGUACACGAUACAUGGAAAGGAAGACUCGCGGUUCCACAGUUAGCCCAGGACCUGGGUUCGAUUCCCAAAUUGGUGCAAUUUAUUAUGCCCGUGCACGUUCUCCCGGUUGUAGUUCUACUUUGGGGGGUGCUGUAUCUUUAUUCAUGUUGUUUAGUCCUGUUUUAUAGGGGGCGUCAUUGAGAGUGCUUCCGAUGCAGAAUUAGACAUAAUAUUGUUGGUGGUGGUUUGUUGUUUAACGCCGCAGUCAGCAAUUUUCCAGCUAUAUGACGGCGGAUUGUAAAUAAUCGAGCCUGGACCAGAUAAUCCAGUGAUUGAUAUCAUGAGCAUCGAUCCACGCAAGUCAGCGAACCUGACCACCCGAUCCCGUUAGUCGCCUCUUACGACAAGCAUAGUCGCCUUUUACGGCAAGCAUUGGUUGCUGAAGACCUAUUCUACCACGGAUCUUCACGGGUUUUGACAUAAUAAAGACUGUUCUAACACCAUUCUAAGCAUUGCAUCUGUCAAUAUCUGUGCAGCAUAAAUAUUUCAUUCCAUAAUAUGCAAUUACACACUAAGGGUGUGUAGGUAAUACGAUCCACUGAACCUCGCUCACGACUCAGCGGGCAAAAUUCAAUGCGGAUCAAUCCUUAAUUUUGAAAGAGAGACAGUGCGCUUAUGAAGUUGCGAGUCGUUUUGGCUGCCAUUGUCAAUCAUAUACAUAUAUGUGUCUGUGACAAGUCAUAAUUAUAAUGGUUUAUUAUUUAAUCAGAUAGUAUAUAAAUGUAUUGCUACAUAUAAAAAUAUUAUUCAGCAUUACACACAGACGAUGUAAUUGAUAUUUUACAUAUUGUAUAUACGUGUAGAUCUAAGUCAGAGCAUUUACACAACAAUAAUUAGAAGCAUGGUCUAAACCAAAGACCAUAAAAAGAUUUUAUGGUCUCUGUUGGAACUAAAUGGUCUCCUCGUGAACAUAUGUCCAAUACAAUCUUGGUUACUAUCACACGAAGAUGAGAUCUAGAAUUAAGAUCAUCCGUUUCACAAAAAAUAUUUGGUCUGUCACGCUAAGAAGGUAACAUUAGAAGUUAUACCUUCGUUUUCCGUGGAUAGCAUUUCCCGCGAGCAGAGUGUUCUUUGCACACGGCACGCGGCCUACUUUCCCGUGACGAGCAGACGACAAGCUGAAGACACAACACAAUUGUGUGAACAGCCGACGCAGGGUAACAUGUUGUGCGUGACCUGGAAACACGUGUUUACUGUAAUUCUGCUUUAUUCGACAUGUGCAUCUGGACAGGAAGGUUACUUCUGGCACAUCACGGACCACCAUUACGACACAACCUACUGGUCUGAAAUGCGGUCCUGUAAUGACGAAGUUCCUGUGCGGGGCAUCUAUGGCGACUACUGGUGUGACUCCCCCUGGCGGCUCGUCAACGACAGCAUCAACGCCAUGGCAAACAUCAACCGAAACGUUGACUUCAUCUUGUGGACUGGCGACAACGUGGCCCACAUCGCGGAUCAAUACACCAAUGAGACGUACGUCGUGCAUAUCCUCAGAAGUAUCACUGACGCCCUGAAGGCGGCGUUCCCGGGGGUCAAGGUGUACGCCACAAUGGGGAACCACGACUGGUACCCCUCCGACCAAUUCCCCGUCGACUCGCACUCCCUGUACAACGCCACUGCCGACCUCUGGAAAGACUGGAUUGGUGAUACAAAUCAAGUUGAAAAUUUUCGUAAAGGCGCCUACUACACAGUGAAGACAACCCAAGGACUGAGGAUCAUAGGACUGAACACAAACCUGUACUACACCUCGGACAAACUGACCACUGAUAUGACCGACCCUGCUGGUCAGUUCGCCUGGCUUGAGGAGGUUCUCAAGAACGCCAAGACAGCUGGAGAGAAGGUGUUGAUGACCGCCCACGUCCCUCCCGGCUUCCACGUUCCUGGGAAGGUCCAGUGGUUUUACAAUCAUUACAACACACGCUUCCUCGAUAUCAGCCGUACAUUCUCCGACAUCAUCGUGGGCAUGUUCUUCGGUCACGACCACGCCGACGGAUUCAAACUCUUGCAAAGACAUGGUGGGAGUCCAGGAGUGCCUAUUUUCAUGGCUCCAUCAAUCACCCCCUGGCGUUUCAAAAUCCCAGACGAAUCCGGGGAUCCUCACAACCCAGCCAUUAGACUUGUCAAGUACAACCAGCAAACCGGAGUCCUACUUGACAUCCACCAGUAUUACAUGAACCUGACGGACAGCAACAGAAACAAUGCAUCAGACUGGAAAAUUGAAUACAAAGCCAGCGAGGAGUAUGGACAGACUGAUCUCUCGGCAGUCUCCGUUGAUAAUAUUAUAAAGGCAUUCAAGACUGACAAGUCCCUUCUGGAUAAGUAUAUCAGAUACAACACCGUCCUUGCUAAUGGAGACACUACAGUGAAUGCCUGUGACGAGAAGUGUCGAGCUGAAUAUAACUGUGCUUUCAUCAACAUGAACGAGAUUUCGUUCGACUCUUGCUACACAACACUAGUUGGAGGUUCGGCAAGGCUGUGUUCUUCUUCCUUUCUUAUUGUCUUGUUAGCCAUCAUAUAUUAUGUACUUUUCUAGAGAGAAAUGUCUCUUUAAGAUCUUUUUUUAUUUAUUCUUAGGCUCAUAUCUCUGUAAUUCAAGAUAAGUGACCAAUCAUCACCAACCGUGAGAUAUGGGACCUUAUGGAUGAAAAAUCAUAUUUUGACUUCUUAUUACUUUUUUAGUUACCGUAUCUUAGGUCCAAAAAAGUCCCAAAGUUUCAAUUCAUAUUUAUUACAGAGAUGCAUGGUAUCAAACAUUUGGGCUCAUUUUCUGCAAAGUCUUACUUUCCGAUUUAUAACUGUUUAUGUAAUGAUUGCUGUUUUUAGAUAUUGUCUGAUUACUUGAAAGUCGACAUGUACGCUGAAAUGUUUUAAAGUAAUGUUUUUAUUAUAUUACGAACUAACGAGAGAGAAAUCCGAUUGUUGUAGUCCGCACACAUGGCGAUUUUUACGGAAGUAAGUUGACGUCAAACGUCUUUCUCUAUGAGUGAGUGAGUGAGUAUGGUUUUACGCCGCAUUUAGCAAUAUUCCAGCAAUAUCACACAUUGUACCUAUGUCGGGAAUCGAACCCGGGUCUUCGGCGUGACGACCGAACGCUUUAACCACUAGGCUACCCGACCGCCCUCUUUCUUUAUGACGUCACAGCAUAAUUGUAUCACAGCAUCCAUAAUGUCCAUUUUCUCCUGGUUGGUCACAUAUUUUGUUGAAAGAUUGUCAAUCAGUAUUUUAAUCGUCAACCUACUAUUUCUUGUGUCACAAGUGCGGUGCAAAUAAAACAUCAUCAGUUUCGUGCUUUGUCCUUGAAGACGCUUCCGUACAAUAGCUUGUAACACAUUCGGUAUAAGUCCGAUUAUUCAUGUUUCAGGCUGAUGAACAUAAUGGACAAUUAGGUGAGAUGUUAUAUCUCACCUUUUAUUAAACCGUGCAAUGGUGACAGAACGUGGUGUGUCCACUGUUGUGUUUGUCCAAACAUAUAUCCAUAAUAAAAUUAUUUUUACAACUU